CACACGUGUGAGAGAGAGAGAGAGAGAGGCUGCAGUUAAAUGCAGCUCCGCACUCUUCUGAAUCUCACCAGACACAGUGCCUGCGUCCAGCUCGGGUCCCUCAAGAAGUCUCCGCAAGUGUUCAGCGGCUGGGAGACGAGACGCGUUCCCCUGAGCCGCAGUCCCCUUUGCUUUCUGCUACCUCGCCUCCACGAACAUUUGGCUCUGAUGGCUGAAUCAGAGCCUUUGCCUGCCCAGGCUAGAGAGAAAAGAGGCUGUCCAGAGAAUGAAGAAGAGGACACACCGUCAAAGAAACCCAGGGUAGAGAGCGAUCACGAAAAUGGAGCUCCUCCCCAGCAAGAUGAGGAGGAGGAGCCCGAGGGGGAGGCGAGCGACGGAGAGGAGGAUGGCGAGACAUUUGCCAAUAUGAUGAAGCAUGGUCUCACUGAGUUGGAUGUGGGCAUCCUGAAGUACGUCAGUGCCCAUGAUGGCUUCUCAGGAAUCUUGAAGGAAAGAUAUUCUGAUUUCGUGGUGCAUGAAAUCAACAAACAAGGCAAGAUAGUGCAUUUAGAUGACCUCUCUAUCCCUGCAGAGGCCGAGGAAGUACCAGUGGCUGAACAGCAGCCAAAGGAAUCUGAUGUGCUGACUGAGGAGCAGAAGCAGCAGCUCGGAGAGCUGCAGCUCUUCAAGAAUAAAGAGGGCAAUGUCUCCAUUGAGAUGAUGGAUGAUACGAAAGAGAAGAGGACAUUGGUCCACAAAGCCAUCAAGACUCAGUUUCCUGGUCUGGAGACAAAGACAGAAGAGAAGGAAGGACGCAAGUUCAUAGUGGCAUAUCACGUUGCUGGGAAAAAAGCACUAGCAGCUCCAAGGAAACACUUCUGGCCCAAAAACCGUGGCAGUUUUUGCCACUUUGUCCUCUACAAGGAGAAUAAAGACACCAUGGAUGCCAUCAAUGUUCUUUCAAAGUUCCUCAGGCUCAGACCCAACAUGUUUUCCUACAUGGGAACCAAGGACAAGAGAGCCAUCACUGUGCAGGAGAUUGCUGUGCUCAAGAUCACAGCGGAGAGGUUGGCUCAUCUCAACAAGUGCCUCAUAAACCUCAAGCUGGGAAACUUUUGCUACAAAAACCAUCCUCUAAAGCUGGGGGAGCUGCAGGGAAACCAUUUCACUGUGGUCAUCAGGAACAUCUCAGGAACAGAUGAGCAGGUCCAUCAGUCCAUGACAUCCCUCAAACAGACGGGUUUCAUCAACUAUUACGGCAUGCAGCGCUUCGGCACCACAGCUGUGCCCACACAACAAGUUGGCAGGGCCAUCUUGAAAAAUGACUGGAAUGAGGUGAUGGAUUUGAUUCUGAAGCCUCGUCCCGGAGCAGAGAAAGAAUUCCUGGUCCGCUGCAGGGAGGAGUGGGCGAAGACUCAGGACCCAGAGGCGGCUCUGAAAAAGCUGCCCAACAAACGCUGCGUGGAGGGGCAGCUGCUGCGAGGCCUGUCUAUGUAUGGCAAGAAGAACAUUGUCACUGCCUUUGGCCUGAUCCCACGUAACAACCGUCUGAUGUACAUCCACAGUUAUCAGAGCGUGGUGUGGAACACUAUGGUGAGCCGGAGAAUCGAAGCCUUCGGCCUAAAGGCUGUGGAGGGGGACCUGGUGCUCAGAGGAACCACAGCACACGUGCUGUCCGCAGAGGAGGCUGAGAGUCACACCAUCCAUGACAUUGUGAUGCCUCUUCCCGGGUUUGACGUCAUCUACCCCACUCACCAUGUGGGUAAAGGUUACAGAGAGCUGCUCUCUGCAGACGGGCUGGACAUCGACAACAUGAGACACAAAGUGAAGGACUACUCUCUGGCUGGAGCUUACAGACGCGUCAUCAUCAGACCCAGUGAUGUCAGCUGGGAGGUGAUUCAGUAUGAUGACCCCAGGAUCUCCCUGGUGCAUACCGAUUUUGAGAAACUGGAGAGCAAACCUGCCCCCGUCUUCAACAAAGAGGGGAAGUAUCGGGCUCUGCGGAUGGAGUUCUCUCUCCCUCCUUCGACCUAUGCUACCAUGGCGAUCCGAGAGGUCCUCAAGUUGGACACUAGCAUCAAAAAACAGACGCAGCUCAACACCACCUGGUUCAACUGAGACCAAAACACCCUCGCUCAUAAACCGGACUGCUACUGCAGGCUGCAAAGCACCUGUCUACUGUGGCUACUUAUUGUUGGCGGUGUUUUAAGUGGUGUGUGUGUGUGUGUGUGUGUGUGUGUGUUUGUGUGUGUGUGUGUGUGUGUGUGUGUGUGACAGAGAGAGAGAGAUCAGGUUCUAUAUGAACCCAAAUGUUAUUUCUUUGAAGUACAAAGAGCAAAAAAAAUUUUUUUUUUUUUUUUUUAAAUGUUUUUACUUGCUAAAAUGUUUCUGGGCAGCAAUGAAUCAGCAUAUUUUGACAGAGAUUUGGCUCAACCUUGCGAUUUCAGGGGGCUCUCUCACAUAGUAAUGGCUGUUGCACAUGGUGGUCACCAUGCCGUUUGUACAGAAAUAUGGGUCUUUGCUUCCUUUUUUUUUUUCCUUUUUUGUUCUGUUUUUAACUGAAU